UAUAAGCGUUGGGGGAGCUGAGGGGGUGAGGUCAGGGCUGUGGUGUCUGGAUGCUGAUUUUUGAUAUCGUCGUUCCACAAUAUACUGAUACCAUUGUGUCUGUUGUAACUCUUGUGUCAUUGUCUGCGGAGUUAUCUUGCUCUGCUCGGUGCUCAAGCUGUUGCUGGAGCUUGUUCUAGGUCACCACGCGACCUCCUCACUACGGACUCAAUUGGACUUGAACGUAUCAUUCUACCAUCCACGCAACGAUGGAGGCCGAGUUCAUCAACAGCCUUCUCAUAUCAGAGGGCUUCUUCCAUAUCCUAACUACUAUACUGGUCCUCACUCUACCAAUCCUGACCGCUAUCUACAUCUACCAUGACUACAAGGCAUUCCUGUCCCUCGGUCCUGGAGGCACACCCUCAACACCAAUGGGCUACCUAAAAGUCAAAUCUCUCGGUCUCUUCUCCCUCAGCGAUCCCCUCCGCCCACUCCCCAUCCCGCCACACUUCCGGCCCCAAAAAGGCUACUUUGACGCCCUUCCAGCUCGCCCUGGAGAGCGGCCACUCGUGCAAGGCAUCGCCCCACAGCGCCAGCAAACCCAGAAAAGCGACGAGAAGAUGUACGCCAAGCUAGUCGAGCGCAUGCGCGCCUACGCCUCGGACCCGGCAAACAUGCUGCUCGAACGCACGAGCUGCUUCGAGAAAUACAGCUCCGGACUGUUCGCAUCCGUGCCCAUCACGCGCACGUGCGGCGGCGAGAUCUGCCACGCGCACCCCUCGGACGGCUCGCUGCAUCUCACGCUGCACCCUGCGGAUGCGAAGAUCAUGAUGGAGAAGGGCUGGGGCGAGCGGCAUCCGCUUGCGAAAGGCGGCUGGUUUCGGAGGUUCGUGCCGCGGGAGUUUGUGCUGAUCUAUGCGCCGCGGACGGAGAAGGACCUACGUGUUGUCAUGCAAAUUGUGGCGGCGAGUACCUGGUGGGUCAGUGGAGUCGAUGUCAAUGCGGACGCUGCGGCGGGAGGGAAGAGGAGGAGUGCUGAUGUUGCUGCGAUUGGCCAGGCGAUGCAAGAGAAUGAUUGCUGGGCUUGCCAAGCUCAUGCGUGCGGUGCUGGCGGACUCGAGAAAAUGACUGGACAUGCAUAGGAAGCGGGAGGUCGAUGAAAAGACUCGUGAUUGUUGUGGUGCAUUGUAAGAGGCAUUGCUUGCGUUCUAGCGGAUUUUUGGCGUUCUGGGUAUAUGAGCAGGCGUUGACCUUCUGAGCCAUUUGCUCUCCAAAAACUUCCGAUAUAUAUCAAUCAUGUCUGAGCAAUUUCCUGCUUCUCUUUCGCUUCAGCAUGACCCCAUGGCCUCUCAUGCGUGGUAUUGCCCUGAAACCAAGGAAAUAUUCGAUACACAUCAAUCAUACCUGAGCAUUCCC